ACGAAAGCGGAAAUUGCCAGGUCGUUCCAUCUUGAUAACAUCAUUAAUGAUUAACGAUCACUUUUGAAAAUCACAAGUAGAAGAUCAAAGGACAAAGUACUUUUAUAUAAAGCAGACCUUCUGUUCAUGUUUGUACAGGAUCAUUCUGAAAGACAAGAUGUAGUUGUACAUAGUGACUACAGUGGUGUAAGAGGGCAGUACUGUAACUUAUAGAUGAAACCAUUAUAAAUAAAACAAGAAUAAAACGACGAUGACAUACUAGCAGAUGAACCAACAUGAGUCUAACAGUAGAAGAGUCAAACUUCCUGAGAUUUUACUUCCUGAACUUAAAGAUUGCUUCAAAGGCUGUCAGGGCGUAUUUUGAUUUAGUCCAUCCACCAGCUGGACUUUCCAACGAACUUGCCAAUAGUUCUACAACUUUGAGAGGACUCCGUUUUAUAUCACAACUACAACUUAAAAUUUUAUACCCAAGUCCUGCAAGUAAUGUUAGAUCAGAUGAUUUUGAUACAACACUGAUAGUUUGCCUUUUACGGAACAUGAGACCACGUGAAACUGCCCCUGUUACCGGUUGGGAUAACUUACCAAUUCCGGGUGAUACAAGUACCAGUGCAGACAUUGCUAGAGUAAAAUGGUACAGAAACAAAUUAGCACAUACUGAAGAUGGGAAAUUGUCCCCUUCAGAUUUUAGUCAGUACUGGGGCGAUUUAGAAGUUGCCAUUGGACGUCUUGGUGGACCAUCACUACUGAUUGAAGCGCAGUCUGUAUUACAUUUUGUUAUGGAUAAAUCUUUAACAGAUAUUUUAACCCUUGUCAGAAACUGUAAACAAGAUGUUCAUGACCUACAAAUAACCAAAGAGGAGCAAACCAAUAUGAUCAAAGAUCUUAUAACAGCAAUGGAAAAUCAAAAAAAUUGUAAAGCACUUCACGAGAACAAAAUGCAGAAGCUCAAUGAUUCACUUAAAAAAGGUGAAACUGAGGCACAGAAAAUUACAGCUGAACUUAAAGAACACAAAGGAUUCAUAGAUAAAUCUUUAGAGAAGGUUGAAGCAUUUAAAAAAGAAAUAGAGAAGAAAGAAGAUAUAAUCAAGGAUAUACAAGAAAAAGCUGUCGAGAAACAAAAUCAGAUCGAAAAUCAUUUAGUCAGUCUACAAUGUAAGUUUGAUCAAAAGUUUAAAGACAUUGAUGAACAGUUAGAAAAGCAUUAUGUACAAAUUGCAAAAUAUGGUGGACAGUUGGUAAAAAAUGAUGAACAGAUUACAAAGCAAGGUGGACAGUUAGUAAAACAUGAUGAACAGUUGGCAACUUGUGAAAAAAACAUUGUUGAUAUGAAAGAAGAAUUACAUGCUACUAAUUUCACAUCAGUCGGCAGUAAACAAAAAAGAUUUGAAGAUGAUACUAAAGCUCUGAUUGAGAACGAUGUGAGAGAAGGUACAUUUGUAACCACCAAGGCCUUGACAGAUGGUUUAUUAUUGCUGAAACAAAAUGGAGUCUUGUUGAUAACUGGACAUGCAGGAACAGGAAAAAGUCGUAUGGGUCGACAACUUCUUCAUUUGUUUUGUGCAAAAAAUGCUUCAUACAAAUGUAUUAAACUCAAUGCAUUGGAAGAAUGGGAAGAUAUGGUCAAUUUAGAAGAUAAAGUUGUGGUGUUGAUUGACGACAUAUUCGGUGAAACAAAUUGUAUUUAUAAUAGAGAGAAAGAUAUACCAAUUCUAGACAAAGUUCAUGCAUAUGUAAGUAAAGAUAAUAUUAAAGUUAUUGUAACGAUCAGAGUAACUGUCAAGCGACAAUGUCAAGAAGUGUUUGAUAAUCAUAGGUUACUAACGUUUGAGUUUAUUGAUUUAAGUUCAAAGAAGUAUGUACUCAGCUGGGAGGAAAAACAUGCUAUUCUAAAAAACUAUAUGAAAACAGUUCGUCAAUCAGACUAUGUUGAUAAGAUAGGUUUUGUUAACCAUAAUGGUGAUACAAUUUUAGAGGAGGAUGAUAUUUUGGCAAUACAAUGGUAUAGUACAGUCAGAGGUUUUCCAUUAGCUGUUUAUCAGUUUGUCAACAAUGACAAUUAUUUUAACCUUGGAGGAAAUUUUUUUGACAGGCCAACAGAGGCCAUACUUGAAGAAAUAAAUGAAAUAAGACGUAAGGGGGAAGAGCAUAGGAAAUUUAUGAUACAAUAUGCAGUUUUAGUCUUCACAGAAAUAAAUGAAAACUAUAUAAAACCUGAUGAUUGUUCAAAUGUUGCAGAAGUUGAAAAAAUAAUUGAUGCAAUCUAUGGAGAGACCAUUAAAUUGAAGAAGUGCAACAUAUCAGAUGCAGUUAGGGAACUUCAAGGAAGUUAUCUUAUAAAUAUUCCAAAUCAAAAAUCAUACCGAUUUCACCAUGCAACACUGCAAGAAAGCGUCAUUUUAUCUUUUGCUCAAAUUGAUGACGAAAAUAUCAAUAAAAUCUUACCUUUAAUCAGCUGGUCAUUUCUCAUGAGGAUGGUUAAACCAGAAUCAUACAUGGAAAACGAGGGAGAGGUAGUAUUGAGAAUUCCAGUUAAUAGUUAUCAACUAUUGGCAGAUAAAUUAAUCGAUAUAUACAUGGCAGAAACUCAGAGUCAUAGAAAAGGUGUAUUACGUGACUUAAGUAAUACUGAAAUAUUCAAACAAGAUUUUUCUAUCCUACUACCUUGCUUAUUUAUCGCUUUAGAAAGAGAAGAUAACAAAGAUAAUCAUACUGAAAAUAUGAUCAGAUGUGGUGAAAUGGAAAGGAUUGAUUAUAUUUUUGUAUAUAUGAAUAACAAAGAAAUUGUCCUUUCUUACUUACUUGAUAUUUUUUCUAAAUCAGAAAAGCAGUUAGAUAUAUAUUGUUUUGUAUUGAAAACAUUUAACCAAUUAAUCAAAACCAGCAAUGACUAUUUCACUAUUAACUACAUGAAAUUUUCAUUGAUAAAAUCUUUAUAUAUAAUUUGUUCGACUAAAGAUGUAAGAAAUGUUAAAGUCACAUUGGAUAUAAUAACAGAACACAAAAUACCUGUUAUACUCGAUCAAGGUGUUAAUCUUACACAGAUAAAAUUACCAGAAAUUGCGUUUUUAAUGGCUGAUGAACCGACAUGCGUUUUUCUUACAGUAUGCAUAUGGAAUGCAUAUAAAGUAUUUAAUAGGCCUGUGUUGGAGUUCUUACUUUCAAAAUACAAUGAGACUCCAUUUGAUGUCAAUUUAUAUUUGAAGAUGAUUUAUAGGAGAAAGUGGAGAAGGCCAUUGUCAUCUUUAUCUUAUAUCCCUCUUAAAUGGAUAAUAGAAAGAUAUACAGACCAAGAAUUUAUUGAUACUGAAUUCAUCUUAAGAACUGCUUGCUACUGCCAGUUGUUUGAUACGGUGGAGUAUCUUGCAAUCGGAUGUAAAACAAUUGAUUAUAUUUCCUGUCUGAAAACAUUCAUAGAUAGAGGACAUGACGACUGGAAUUCAUCUAUGUUAUUUCAUCAUAAUCAAGAAUUGUUUAAUUUUCUUCUAACACAAAUCGACACGAAGUCAAACGAAAUGAUCCCUGCUAUAAUAUCAAUUUUACAGAAACGUCAUGUUCCUAAUUAUAUAGUUGAUGCCUUCCUUUCUGUUUGUUUAAACAAUACAGAAAUAUUGACUUCGGCUUCCAGGAAUGGACAGUUCUAUAUUGUCAAUCUAAUAAUUGAAAAUAGCCAUUUUCAGUUUGUAGAACUUCAGUCAGCUCUUACGGCAGCAUGUAUGAAAUCGAACGUUGGAAACUGUUUUACAUCUGAACUGAAAUCAGAAAUUGAGGUACAAGAGUUAAAAAUAGUUGCAUACAUAGUUGGAAAAUUCGGAUUUAAACAGUUCGAUUUGAAAGCUGCAUGUCAAGUAGCAUGUGAAUCUAGAAAGUUCUAUAUUGUAGAAUGGUUUGUUUGCAACAUAGAUAUAACUUUGUUUAAUGUGAUUACCAUUAUAAAUUCAGCUUUAGUGAACAAAAAGUCAGAUGUAUUAAAAUGCAUACUGAAUAAGAUUGAAAUAGCAAGUUUAGAUAAAAGCGAAGUUUUAAAAUCUGUAGCUGAACAUUAUACUGCUAAAUGUUCUACUAUUAUACUGGAAAUAGUGCGCACCAUCUGGGCUAGUACCGAUGAUAAAAAAGAAUUACAAAUGGAGGAAAUAGUGAAUACAGCUUAUGAAGGUAAAUGCUUCGAGCUGUUAGUGUGGGUUCAUGAAAAUUGUAAUUUACAGAUAUCUAUUGAUGCAAGGAAACUGUUAAUGUUAGCAUGCACAGCUUGCAGGGUAGAUGUGGCAAAGUGGGUUCUCCAUGCGUUUGAACAAACUUCAUUAGAUAUUGAUGACGGGCAAUUAUUCUUGUUAGCAUGUGAUAAGAUAGUAGAUCCUGAAUAUUGUGAGCAUGGAAUAGGUAUGGUUAAGUUGGUAUGUAAUCAUUUUCAAAUAAACCUUACUGAUCUCAAAUCAGGUUUGUUGAAGUUGUUGAGUCUGGAUGGUUUGGCUAUAAUUGAUAUAAGAAAAGAGUUUUAUAAUUUAGUUGUUUCGAUAUUGGAAAAGUACUUAAAAUCUCUGUGUACAAAAGACGUGGAAAUAAUGAUAAACAAGUCUCUUGAUCAAAAACAUUAUUAUCUUGUGAAUUGGUUUCUUGAAAAAAAACGGUCUUGCUCUUUUGAUCAACAAAACAUUUUGAACAAAGCCUGUGCAGAUGCUGCCAUUGAAACCAUAAAGCUGCUAAGCAAAUAUUUCUAUGUUUUGGAUAUAAAUCAAGCAAUGAUCAAUACAUGCAUUUCGGUUUGUUCCGAACUCAAAAAAGAAUUGAGUGGUUUUAACGAUGAUCGAAGAGUUGAUUGUUUGAAUCUUUUGUGGACAGAAAUGGACCAUGAUUCAAUUAAUAUAAGAACACUAGUGGAAACAGUAUGUGAGGAGAAAAAGAUAAGUAACAAUGUAAUGACAUGGAUUCUUCUUAAUCUUCCUCAUGACAGAAUUCCAAUCAAUCAAGUUUUGACAACAUGUUGUCGACAAAGAAAAAUCAAUCAUGUGAAGUAUAUAAUUCAUGAAGUAAAAAAUGGACAGAUUGACAUAAAAGAAUUAUUCUAUCAGGCAUGUCGAACACCAAUGUUAUCAAAUGAACUGAAAUCAUCAAAAAAUGUUAUGCUUGUUGAUUAUUUAUUUCGAAAGUUGCAUGAUAAACAACUAAAUUUAUCCUUAAUUUUGAAUGGAAAGCACCAUGAUAUAAUACUGUACUUUCUGCAUGCAGGAUAUUGUAGAAACAUUGACAUGAAGAACCUUUUGAAAGAAGCAUGUAGGAAUGGACAUGUUAAACUAGUGCAAUGGAUUGUAGAAAAUGUUGAGCAUACAGAACUGGAUAUUAAAUAUGCAUUGCUAGAGGCUUUCAGUUGUACAAAACAUUUCGGACAUAUAGAACUGGAUGUUGAAUAUCAUGAACACAUUUUUGAUAAACCGAAUAAAGAGAAACUAAAAUGUGUUGUUCUAUUGUGGCACUAUAUACAGGAUAAGCCGCUUUUUGAAAUACCCACUGGGUUAAAAUUAAUGACAGAGGAACCAUCAGACAUGUCUUUUACAAAUUCAAAUGAUAACUGGAGGACCUGGUUACUAAACUUCAAGAACAUGAAUCAGAAAAUGAUUAGUAAAUUUGAAAUUGAAAUGUUCAAUAAGGGAGAAAAUGCAUACCGACAGAGUCAGCAAGUAUAUGAUGGUCAAUGUGAAAAGAAAUUGUUAGAAGAUUCAAAUCACAACAAUAAUUCACACAGCAGGAGACACUGUCCAUCACCAAUGAAAACGUAGCGUUUGGAAAAAGAAUACCAAUCAUAACCAUUUGUAAGCUAGUAAAUAAAACAAAAUGUAUUAUGUAAGGCCUCAGACAUUUAUAAGUAUACAUCACUGUAUUUUAAAUAACAUGUUCAAACUUGAAUUAAAGAUAACUGUAUGAUAGUGCAUUUCAUGAUCAUACUUGGGUUAAUGUUAAUCUUGAUAAUCAGUAUUUCAAAAAAUGUUCUUGUUCAAUCUUGAU